UCUAAUCAGAGACAAAUUAUUGAAAUUCUUGACUGAGGGACAAAUGAACGUGUACUUUUUUGCAUUAGCUCGUGCUAGAUCUCAACGUACGACCAUUGAGGGUUUGCAGGACCCUGCUGGAGCCUUGGCCUCUGAAGUAUCGGCACUCUUCGGGUAUGCGGAGCGAUGGGCAAUCGCGGGCCCUGUGCUUCUGAUUCUUCCUGCCUGGCGUGUGGCGAGCAAUAUUCUGACAGAUAGGAAGAAGAAGGCGGCGGAACUCCUGCAAGAGAAAAGAACAGAAGCAAGGAUCCGAGCGACGGAAGCAAAACGGGAGAAAGAGCGCCGCGAAAGGGAGAACAGGGAUCAGGAGCUCAAAGAAUUGAAACAAGGACUACUGGCUGCAGCAAAGGGCUGGCAACUGGGAAAGGGUAGUGCCGAUGUAAAUAGAAAAAGAACGCAGCGGACAGUGGACGAUCUCGUCAAGAAGUUAAUCCAGUUAAAUAGCGUGAAAAGCCAAUUGCUGUACUCACAACCGGACUCAAAGGACAGGAUGCCUGGGCCAUCAAACAUUGAAGAAAUGGGAAACUGGUCCUUGAUAUUCAUCUCAGAAGGAAACAGACAAGGCCCUGAUGGCCUUGAGGUGCUGGACAUUCCCUUCGUCGAAGUAGAUCCAUUUAUUCAAAUCAUUUCCGCCAAGGAUGGAAGCAAGACCGGGAACACCCGUGACCCUAGCAGCAGCCCAUCACAGCCACAGUCUGAUGAGCAAAGACAGCUGGUGGCCACAAACACAGCUAAUAUCAGCUCCCCGAAGUACGAGGAGAUCUCGGCCAAUGCCGUUCGCCUCAAGCACCAGGUCAAAAUUGAGCUGCCAGCCAUGCUUCAGCGUCAAGUGGAGUGGAGAACGCUUUACCUCGAUGAAGACCUUCGGAUCGACAGGGUGGGAGGAGAUGGCAUCUAUCUGUUUCAGAGAGAAGGAACAAUGAAGGAACUCCCAAGCGGUGGAGAAUCGACGCAGGAGACGCAAGCAACACAGAAGGCGCAACCGACUCCGACAACUUCAACGGCACCUCAGAGGAGUCCAACGACUCCAGCACCUCAGACGACUCCAGCGACUCGGACAGAUGUAAUACGGAAGUAACUCAGCGGCGGCUCAAACAAUUCACAGGAUUCAACCAACUCAGACAGAUGUAAUGCGGAAGUUUUUAACGCGGGGGACGCUCAGACGACUCAGAGAUGAUUCAAGGGGAACAGAGGAAAAAUGUAAUCUGGUAGUAAUCGGUUCACAGACUGACUCGCUGAGACUCAGGCAACUCAAAUGACUCAAAGAGCAACAGCCGAUGUAAUUGAGAAGCAAAACUCAGAAGACUCAAGGAUGACUCAAGGAGCGGAACGCAGAUGUAACCGAGAGGUAAAACAUCAGAGGCAACUGUGAAAUUGCGCUUGCAACUGCGCUCCGGCAUGCCACUUGGAGAGGGACCUUUUCCUCAAAAGGAAGGCAGAAGGAGAAGACUACCCAGAAGUAGUUAGACCAUUCACGCAAGUUAGUGACACCAAGUUACUCUGAGGCAACUCAGAAGUAACUACGAGAUAACAAAUAAUGGAGGACUGACUACGUAGUACGUAGUAAUGCCGAAGCAAUGCAGAUGUCAUGAAAGAGUGAGCGCAACCGCACUGACUUAGGGUUAUCUUCUAGAACUGCCCCGUCUGACUUGAAGGUUAUCUUCUAGAACUGCCCGCUCUCGGAGACCUAACAAGAAGCGUACCUGUUGCCAUCUGUCAGAUGGCAUUCAAAAGGUGUCCUGAUUCUCUCACAAAAGGAGAGAGAGAGAGAGAGAGAGAGAGAGAGAGAGAGAGAGACUUGUGUGUGUGUGUGUGUGUGUUGUAAAUGUGCACCACAACAGCCCCUGUCCCACCCGGAUUAGUAGAUCCAAAAUCAAAGCAACUUUACCUC